UAGCAUUGCUCAUCGCUCCUUCUUUCUUCUUCCCUCCCACCCCUGCGCGUCCCCACUAUCCCAGUGAGGACUCAAAGUCAGAGGGGGGGGAGGAGGAGGAGGAGUCCAUGUCAGAGGGGGAGAGGGCUCGGCUAAUGGAAGAGGUGGAGGAAAAGAAGAAGCUGAUCGCGAACAUUAGGAGCAAGCCAUGGCGGAUGAAGAGGAGGCUCAAACACCUCAAGGAAGCUCAGGUGUUUGUGGAUAAGUUUGAAGGUGCUUUGGGCAAAGGGAAGGGCAAGAAACUGUAUGCCUUCAAAGUCAUGAUGAUGAAGAAAUGGAUCAAGUUUCAGAGAGAUUUUGACAACUUCAAGACAGCCUGCAUACCCUGGGAACGGAAAAUAAAAGAGGUUGAAAGUCACUUCGGUUCUUCUGUCGCCUCGUACUUCAUCUUCCUCCGCUGGAUGUAUGGCAUGAACCUUGUUCUGUUCAGUUUGACCUUCGGCCUGAUUGUGAUCCCUGAGGUUCUCAUGGGCCUCCCUUAUGGAUCUAUUCCUCGGAAAACAGUGCCGCGAGAAGAACAGGACACGGCAAUGGACUACGCAGUUCUCACCGACUUUAGCGGUUACUGCAAGUACUCUGUGUUAUUCUAUGGCUACUAUAAUGACCAGAGAACCAUUGGCUUCCUGAAGUUCCGCCUCCCUCUGUCCUACCUCUUGGUGGGCAUUGGGACCUUCGGGUAUAGCCUGAUGGUUGUGAUCCGAACGAUGGCUAAAAACGCAGAUGUGGGGGGUGGGGACAGCGAGGACAAUGAGUUCACCUUCGCCUGGAAGAUGUUCACAAGCUGGGAUUACCUCAUCGGCAACGCAGAGACGGCCGACAACAAGUUCGCCUCCAUCACCACAAGCUUUAAGGAGUCCAUCGUGGAUGAACAGGAGAACCAGAAGGAUGAGAACAUCCACCUCACGAGAUUCCUGCGUGUACUGGCUAACUUCCUCAUUACCUGCAUCCUGGGAGGCAGCGGAUACCUCAUCUACUUCGUGGUCAAACGCUCACAAGAGUUUGCUGGCAGGAACGACCUGAGCUGGUAUGAGAAAAACGAGAUGGAGAUCAUAAUGUCGCUACUCGGACUGGUGGGCCCAAUGCUGUUUGAGACUAUCGCCGAGCUGGAGGACUACCACCCCCGCAUCGCCCUCAAGUGGCAACUCGGACGCAUCUUCGCCCUUUUCCUGGGUAACCUGUACACCUUCCUGCUGGCUCUGUUCGAUGAGGUCAAUGAAAAGCUGGUGCAGGAACAAUCCAUAAAGAACGCCAGCAUGUGGUUCCUCAAGGAAUAUUAUGCCAACUACAGUGCCAAUAACCCGAAUGUGACAGGCACGCCGCCCCCCCCUGACCCUGCUGAUGUGAUCCGUGGCCCGUGCUGGGAGACAACAGUGGGGAUAGAAUUUGUAAAACUGACUGUCUCAGAUAUCCAAGUGACGUAUCUGACGAUCCUCAUUGGGGACUUUGCAAGGGCUCUGAUUGUGCGCUUCCUUAACUAUUGCUGGUGCUGGGACCUGGAGGCAGGCUGGCCUUCCUAUGCUGAGUUUGACAUCAGCGGCAAUGUCCUUGGAUUGGUCUUCAAUCAAGGGAUGAUUUGGAUGGGAGCGUUCUACGCUCCUGGUCUGGUCGGCAUCAACGUCCUCCGUCUCCUGACCUCGAUGUACUACCAGUGCUGGGCCGUCAUGGCCUCCAAUGUGCCUCAUGAGCGAGUCUUCAAGGCCUCGAAAUCCAACAACUUCUACAUGGGUCUCCUUCUUCUCAUCCUCUUCCUCAGCCUGCUGCCUGUCGUCUAUACCAUCAUGUCCCUGCCACCAUCCUUUGACUGUGGGCCCUUUAGUGGCAAAGAGCGGAUGUUUGACGUGAUUGUUGAGACGAUAGAGCUGGAUCUGCCAUCAUUUAUGGGGAAGCUGUUCGGUUACGCAGCCAACCCCGGCCUCAUCAUCCCAGCUGUUUUGCUCAUGGUUCUAGCAAUUUAUUAUCUCAACUCAGUGUCUGAGGCCUAUAAGAACGCCAACAACGAGCUAAAAAAGAAAAUGCAAAUGGCAAGAGAUGAGGAAAAGAACAGGAGGAAUAACAAAGACAGCACCAAUCAAGUGAUGAAGGAUUUAGAGGAUUUACUACCCAGACGCUCCAAUAUGCCGGAUUCAGGCAACCAAGCAGACAAACCUGGUGGAGGAAAACCAUCAAGAGUGAAGCCAGGAUCAGCUGCGAAUGGUGUGAACCUGCAGAAAGACGUAACGCUGGCAUCAGCUAAUCCUAAUGCCCGAGGACCUGUGAACCGAGCACCAGGCCCCAGGACAGCUGGGCCUCUGCCUGGACACCCGGGUCCGGCUCCAGGGGCAGGACAUCGAAAGGGACAAUAGUACUAGACACUAGCGCUAGCCACGAGCAUUAGACAGUAUCAGACUACCUCCUAAAUGAUGCAGUGAACUAUAUACUAGUCUUUCUUCCUGAACCUGUUUAGUUAUUCCAAUUUCUCACAAAUGAUACAUAAUGAAUAGAGACUCUAUGUUUUUAAUUCACCUUAAGCGCUGCAUAUUACAUUGAGAAUAUGUAAGAGUGGUUGUAUAGUAUUCUGAAAUACUUUUUCGAAUAUCUAACACAAGUAGACCAUUCAGAGCAAUGGACGUUAAAUUUAAAGCGGCAACGUGUAACUUGUUGUAUAUUAUAUAGCUAUUGUCGAGAGAGUGGAGAUGGAGCUGUCAGGUUUUGUUAGGAAUUUUUAGGUAUCCCAUUAAGGUUACAUCAUUCAUAUAUCAUCAUUCCAGCUUUUGGCAUAAACAAACCGGCUGAUAUAAAUGACAGUGUUAAAAUGGCUAGAGGUUGCCAUAUCAGGCUUGCAAGUUUGAGCUUGUUUAACUUUUUAGCAGACAUUAGACUAAUUCUAUCAAUGUUUUUUUCCCCUGAUAUAUUCAUAAGCUGUAUGUUUGUAAUCUGAACAUAUAAUGAUUGAAUCUAUAAUGAUUGUAUGCAAGUUGUCCUUAUUAUUACAGUGUAGUGAACUAUUGAAUAUUACGGCGCUUGUAAGUUUGUGAACCCUUUAGAAUUUUCUACAUUUCUGAAUAAAUAUGACCUAAAACAUCAACAGAUUUUCAAACGCGUCCUAAAAGUAGAUAAAGAGAACCCAAUUAUACAAAUGAGGCAAAAAUAUUAUACUUGGUCAUUUAUUGUAUGUGUUUAAUUUUACUGUACUUUGUAAAUAUUGCAGCAUAUUUGGGAAAUAUAGUCAUGAUUUUGUAAUGUAAUACAGGGAGGUUUAGACUUUAAACUUUGGAACUGAUUUUAUUGACUCCUGUUGUUGUUGUUGUUCUUGAUGUUGUUUUUACAAGUUUUAAAUAUUGGGCUAUUGAGCUUGUUUUGUUAUGCAGACUUGGCAACCUUAACGUUGGCGGUCAACCGUAAAAUCAUCAUCAUCAUCAUCAUUAUCAUAAUGAUGAAUGAAAUUUUAAAAAACACAACAAAGAUUUUCAAUAAUGAUUCGCUUCAAAUAUUGUAGAUUUGAUCAAAUAUAAGCUGGAAUCAUAUUCUGCUUCUAAAUAGCGUGCAACACAAUUUCCUCCACUAGAGGGCUCCAAAUUCCACAAAUAUCAAAAAUUCGAAAUCGCUUUAAUUUGCCCAGUUUGAAAAUAUUUUAAGUAUUUAACUCAAAUAAUCAGCUUAUCUGAUGUGUUACUUAUUUAUCAAUAGAAAACAAAUGCAUUUGUUUUA